AAACGUAGAAAAUGCGGACACAAACUCUAUCCGUAUAUUUCCAGCUGCGCCCCCCAAAAACAAGGAUCAUCGAUCUCGUGUGUGGUUUUCCUAGCUAAUGAGUGGUGGUUGAUGAAGAUGCGGCUGGUAGUAGGAUCUGGUCUCUCCAGCCCUGCCCUUACCACUCCACCUCUGCUACCACUACUGCUGCUAGCUCUACCUCUUCUCGUCUCUGCGCAAAUGCCUGUGUUCUUAGUCUACCCUGAGAAUGUGACAGCUCCUCUUGGCUCUAAUGUAUCUCUGGAGUGUGUGACUGACCAGCCGGAGCUGGUGUGGAGAAUUAACGACAGACAACUGUUUGACGAAGUUGCCAUUGGGUCCCUCCAACAGAAUGGGUUCAUACUGGAGGUGGGAGGGCCCGAGGCUGUUCCUGGAGGAACUAGGAUCACCAUCACCAUUCCCGGCACACUCCAUGUCAAUGAGUCAGUUGAGGCCAUUCUCUGUCAGGCUGGACCAACUCAGUUUGACCUGCAGGAUGGAGAGACCAUCACCUUCACUGUCUACGGUCUCCCUCUGGCUCCAGGAGAAGUGGAGGUGGUGGGAGAGAGGGUCCACCAGCUGAGAGUGACCUGGACUCCUCCCUUCUCUCUACCAGGAGAACUCAUCUCCUACUCUCUUCUGGUCACUGACGAGGCCACAGGAUUCACCUCCUCACUGGGACCUCUGAACGACACCAGCUUCACCCACCAGAUCUCAGAGAGACAGGCACUAGACUGCCACCUCUACUCCUUCUCUGUCUUCUCUCUCAAUGAUGUCGGUCUCUCUCUCAACUCCUCCUCCUCUACUCCUGCCUUACAUCCCUCUGCUCCAGGUCCGCUAGGGGCAGUAACAACUGAAGUCUCUCACAACAGCCAACAGCUCUCUGACUCCAGAGCUGUUCUCAGACUUUCCUUCCAGAGGCCCGAGUCCUGUUUCCCUCUCAACUACACCCUGACCCUCUCUGAGGAGGGAGGACCAGAGGAGGUGGUACCAGUCCAGGUGACUGGGUCAGAGUCAGCGAUGGUGGCUGAGGUGACUGGUCUGAAGGAGAACUCUCACUACUCAGCCACGCUGUCUGCCAGCAACCAUUUCCAGUUCUCCGUGGAUGAUCCCGUGACAACAGAGGUCUCAUUUGGUGCGUGGAGUCACUGGUGGGUGUGGUCUGGGGUUUAUCUGCCUCUCUCUACAGUCACCUCAGGUCUCCAGAGUGUGGCAGUGUUCCACUAUGUCAAUGGGACAGCCAGGAUCACAUGUGUCUUUGCCACCGGCUCUCUCUCCUCUGGCUGCCUGGUGUCUCUGGUUCUGGACAGCUCCACUACCACUAACAUCAACAUCGACAGGGAAGAGGGAGCAGUUGAGGUGAUUCAUUAUUCCUCAAUUGGAGGGGUUCCCCAGUCAGUGACAGGCAGGGAUCUGGGAGUUGACAAUCCACUAGAGGUCCGUGGUGAGGUCUCUGAUGAAGGUGAUCCAACCCCUACCACUGAUGAGACUGACGUCACCAGUUAUGGUGAGGAUCGGGUUAAUGCAAGAUGCUGGGUGUACCAUUUUCUCUCCCCAUUAAUAUUUUCCCUCUUUCUUCCCCUCCCACACACACGCACACACACACACACGUACACAUACCACAUGCACACACAAAAGCACUGUACACAGACACACCGGACACACCAGUCACCAGCUCACCAAGUGCCACACCCACCUCAGACCCGACUACUGAACCUUCUUCCUCGACCUCUGACCUCACUGGUCUGCUGCAGUGGGUCAUACCAGCCGGAGUGGGUGUGGCAGUUCUGGCUCUCUGUGUCAUGUUUGUUGGAUUCUGUGUCUGCUGCAGACAGUCCUCCAAGCACCGAAUGAGGAGACACAGUACUCUACCACGAGGACUCCUUGUCCCCCGCUCCCCUGCCUCCCCAGCAUAUUCCCAUGACUACAAACAAGUACCUCCCCCCCACGUCUCGGGAACCAUCAAAGAAAUGAGCUUCAACCCACUCUAUGGUGAUGCUGGGGCUCCAACCUUUGACCCCCCUCUCCCCUCAAUCCCCCACGGAGCGGCCAAUGGAGACUCCAUCACUCUUCCCUCACACGUCCGUCCUCCUCUCUACGAGGAGGUCGCUGCCUCUCGCAGGGCCGCCAAACUUGCUGCCAACCCCAAGUACGGAGCUGUGGGCGGAGCAAACGGAGCCACACCCAACCCACAGUAUGGGGCCCCGCCCGGCCAGCAGGUGACGAGACAGAGUAACGAGGAGCACAUGUAUGCAUCUCUCAAGGACCCGAGGCAGCUGUCACCCACACAGACACAGUGUCUCCAGUAUGCCCAGCCUUACGAACAUGUGGCGUCGUCUCAUGCCCCACCCCCUUCAGAGGGUGUGGCUGCACCUUAUGCCCUGCCCUCUCCAGGAGGUGUGGCUAUCCCUCCAGGGGGUGUGGUCAUCCUGACUGACGACAAUGUUUCGUACAACGCAUCACCACCUCUCUCUUCAGCCCACAAAUCACCUUAGAACUGUCUCUUGUGAACAUUUUUAUUGUAUCGUAGGCUUUUCAAAAUUAUUGGGUGUAAAACCACUUUCUUUAUUUUUCUAAGUAAGUUAAGCGAUCUCAAGAAAUACGCCAACUAUAUAUAAUCCAGGUU